AAUUGAAAUAGGCAAUAUAAGCAUCAUGUGGCAUGUCAUGUUUCUUUUACAGGGAUACCAUUCCCUGCAAUCCUAUAGAGUAGCACAUGUUUUGUGGAACCAAGGACGGACAGUACUGGCCUUGGCAUUGCAAAGUCGAAUCAGCGAGGUUUUUGGCAUUGACAUACAUCCAGCUUCCAGAAUUGGAGAGGGCAUAUUAUUGGAUCAUGGGACGGGUGUGGUUGUCGGUGAAACUGCUGUCAUUGGAAACAGAGUCUCGUUAAUGCAUGUAAGCCACCCUGAUCCUUCCCUUCUACUGUUAUUUAAUGUAAGAAUUAAUCUGGGUACUAUUAUAUUGGUACCUGGCUUAAUUGGGUGUAUUGUGUUGUUAAGUUCUGCUACUAGUUACAGCACCAAUUUUCCCACUCUCCUGAGAGUUUUCUAUUUUAUUUCCAUGAUUCUUGUUUACAGUUUUUCUCUUAUUUUUAUGUUGUUUGAGGUCUUGCUUGAUAAGUUGCUGUAAAUUAUAUUGGGAAAUGUCAAGAUAUUUUAUAUGGUUUACUUGUAAAUUUGAUUUGGUUAUGUUACCACUUUUUUAGAGGACAAAUUUUUCCAAGCAUUGCCAAGUUUCAAAAGCUUUAGUUGCCUUGCACUGAAUAGUAAAACCGUGUAUUGAAAAUUGUAUCUGACUAAUAAAGAUGAUUUAAUAUUU